CACAAACAAUGUAAAAUAAUAAUAAUAAUAUAUACUUUUAUCUCGGGAAAACUCUCAAAUUCACCCUCGAGGUAUAUCGUAAAAGUCAAUUAAGCCCUCGAAGUAAAAGAACACCCAAUUAAACUCAUAUGAAGUAUAAAAAAACGUUCAAUUAUCAAAUUUAAUGGGUUGGCUUCCGGUUUGCCGGUUACCAAUUCUACAUGUCAUUUUGCUUUUUCAUUUUCUUCUUUCUUUUUUUUUUUUUUGCUUCUCUUCUUUAUUCUUCUUCCAACGCCAAUUCCUUCUACCGUGACCCCACCUUAGUCAACUUUCUCUUCUUCUUUGUUCUUUCUCCUGCAACCCAUCUUCUUCGUCUCCCCCCUUCUUUCUUGUUCCACCCCAGUUUUUCUUCUUUCUUUCUUACCGGUUACCAAUUAAUUAAAUACACACAACAACAACAAAAUCACAUCACAGUCGCCCGGGUCUCCUUCACGAACUCCCAGUCGUCUCUGGUGAUCGCACAAGUUAAUUAAUGUCGCCGGCGAGCUAAAUUGAAGAGAAGACCGGCGUCUCCGGCGAGCUAUAUAUAUAUGUUAGAAAUGAAGACGUUAUCUCUGGAGAGUAAAGUUGAAGAUAAAGUCGUCGUAUCCGUCGAUGUAUGUUGAAGAAGAAGCCUUCGUCGCCGGAAAGGAAGCUUUGCCGCCAUCACCGUUGAGAAACCAGAGUCAGCAUCGAUGAUGAGGAAGCUAUGCUGCCGUCUUUAAAGAGGAUGUUGAAGAGCUCCGGCGUUUCUCAAGGAAAAAUAAAGGAAACAAUGGAGGUGAAUGAAGCAGAUGGGGGGAGGUGGGGAAGAGAAUCGCCGAUGAGGCAGAAGAACAAAAAAGGAUAUUGUGAUGGUGGGGUCAUGCCUGCGACAAGAAAGAGAUGGUUGGGGAAUACUACGUAAUAAGGAAGAGGAAGUGAGAAAGAAAAAAGAAAACAAAAUGGAUUAUCCACGUAGGUGCAGUGAUCGGAGAACUGGGUGGCAACCUAUUAUAGGAGAGAAUUGAACGUUUUUUAUACUUCAUGGGCUUAAUUAGGGCAG